UCCUGUUUUUGCCAGAUUUUCAUAAUAAAAAAAAAUUUGAUUUCCCAAAUUCGGGAAUUUUUUUUCAAUUUCUCCAGGGGCCUAUUUUUCCUGUGGGCCUAAUGCUGCAGCAUCAGUAGCACCCACCUUAAUCUGGCCCUGAGCAGAGCAACUGGAUUUAGAACAGGGGAACAAAAAAAAUAGCUGAUCACAUAUUUUGAACGCUGGCUAAUUAGUUUUUCGUCUCCCGAAAGUGUAUCCAUCAGGGAUUCAAUUGAGAGUGACACAAUAUUCUUCAAGGCAGGAUUAAUAUUUUUCUAUUCAAAGCAAUUUGAAAAGAGCCCUGAAAUGACCAACAUCAGCUUAUUCAUCCAACGAUUAGGAAAAGGAAUACGGAAAACAGUUAUAAAAGUCGUGCCGAUUUUCACACAUGUACACAUCGCGUCGCCCUUUUACGACACUCACUCGACAGUAACAGCUGCGCACUUUGACAUACGUGCGCGAACAAGUUUGGAGAACUUGUCCGCCAGUGUACAGUUCUCUUGCGGACAUGUUCUCCAAACUUGUCCGCAAAUUUUGGAUAACUGGCGGACAAGUUUGGAGAAAUUAUCCGCCAGUUUUUGGCACCAGAAACUGGCGGAUAAGUUCUCCAAACUUGUCCGCCAAUUUUGGAUAAACUGCGGACAAGUUUGUAGAACUUAUCCGCCAGUUUCUGGCGCCAGAAACUGGCGGAUAAGUUCUCCAAACUUAUCCGCCAGUUCUCCUAAUUUUGCGGACAAGUUUGUAGAACUUAUCCGCCAGUUUCUGGUGCCAAAAACUGGCGGAUAA